UGUUUCAAUAUCCACAACAGAGCUGUACAGCUGUGUGCAAUGUCUGCUCAGGAAACCACCACAAAAACCUAAAUCUGUUGUGCUGACACAAGAGCAGUUUCUGCUGUCCCUGCCCAGAGAGAGUCACCCAUUCCUGAACCUGAAGGCAGAGCAGAGGAAAUCUGAACCUGUCUUCAUCUUAUCUGGCCUUUUAUUUCCAUAGUAUCUUUAAGGCCAGUGACAUAAAUUUUUAGGAAAGAAAAGGGUUUUUUUCAAGUACGACUUACUUUCCCCUAAUGAAUGAUUACCUAAAUCGGGUGAAUUAUUUCUUUUCAGGGAAUUGUAAUCCCCCCUGAAUAUGCAUGAUUAAAUGUUUUUCUCAGCUUGCUUAACACAGGUCAAGAAUUUUGAGUUUUGAAUCCUCCCUUUCUUUAAAGGGAAAAUCUUUUCUUGUGCACAAAUUGCCUUUUAAAAAUUUCUAUUUCCUAUGUGCAAUGAUAAAAUAUGACCUCAAUGAGAGAACUGCUGCCCAUCAAACCUUUCAGCACCCUUAUUUUCAAGAACUCUGGCAAACAGCCAAUACAUGAGCUUUAAACAUGCACAAAAAAUUAAGAGUAGUAGGAAAUACGUCAGGGCAAGUACCUCAGGAUUUGUGGCAAAUUUCAAAAGCAAGUCCCAGACAGCAUUCUCUCAGGAAAGUCUAGGAAAAAAAACAUCAACAUCAGUCUCCACUGGGAGAAUUACCAAAAUUAAUUUCUGGAGUGGCCAAAUUGAUUUCCUUUCCUACUCCUACAUUGCUAUCAGUUUUCUGGAAACCUAAGGAAGGUGGUGGAACCCCUGUGUUCCAGUCUGUCAGAUUUACUGGAUCAGAUAUUGAGGUGUAGACUCUCACUUGCCCACUGACACAUUUGAAACUUCUGUUGUUUCUUCAACAGUCUGAGAAACAGAAGGCACUUCAGUCUUCCCUGAAACAUUUCCAUUUGACUGCUAUAGAAGGAAUAGAAGUGAGAGAGACCCAGUCAUGCUUCUGUUGUUAGAGAUCUAACAAGAACAGCAGUGCCUGAUUUUGUCUUGCUCUGACAAUUUGCAGGAAAACCCCACAAGGUUUGAGGGCUGCUUUCCUACCAUUUUGAUAUGAUGUUCCUGAAGGGGGUCAAUAUUUAAUUAAAGCAUUGUUCUGGCAGAGCACAGAGAGUGUUCUGCAUUGAACUUCCUCAGUACUUGUUCCUUUUAGAACCUGAUGGAGGAGGAGGUUGGUUAAAAAUAACAUGAAAGGAUCUUUGAGUUCAAGUAUUAGGAAUGGAAUGUUAUCUACAGAAUUUAAGUUUUCCAAUUGUAUUACAAAUGACAGCUAACUGCUGUAUUUCUUUUAGAUUUAAGAGUUUGGGGUUUUUUCAGUUAGCUCUGGAAAUUGUUUUUCUCCUGUACUCAGUAACUUCCACCUCAGGUUUUACUGAGAAUGUGCAAAUUUUUCAGUCAUAUGAGAUACCUGAUUUUGAUGCAGUUUCUGUAACUGCUGAAUAUUUUUAUGUAACUAUAAUCUAAUUCAAAGCUAAACCAACUUUUUAGCUGAUUCAAAAGCAAACAAAACUUAGUCAUAGUUUGCUCCAAGCCAUUGAUCUUAACAUUAAUCAAAAGUCUUAACAGGGACUGAUGUUGCAGGCAGUUGCUUAAAAGAGCAGUAAAAGCACAUAGCUGAGAAUGCUUCAGAAAUCUGGCACACAGAUCACCAGCAACAAUUUAACAGAAUAUUCCCUAUUAUUAAAUAAGGUGAGAGUUAAAAGGCAACAUUCUUAUCUUACUAGGAAAGAAUCUUUAUUCCAGAUUGAUACCAUUGAUUUUUAAAUUCCUGAGAUCUAAAAACUUGCAUUAAAUAAUUUCUAAUACAUAAAUUUGGUGAUGUCUUAGAGAACAUUUUGUUAGUUAGAAAAUGAAAGUCUGUACAAAUCAUACUUGGCUGGGGGUGAAAAAUCUUCUCCCUGCCAAGUCUGCAUGCAAGACAGGUUUGGAAAAUAACCUUUUUGGAGGUUUUAAUAGUUAUAAAAGUUACUCUGCUCAUAACUGGGAAGUGAUCAUCAUUUUUUUCCAUAACCAAACACUGGGCUCUGGUGCUGCUGCUCAAAACCCCAGCCAUGAGCAGGAGGCAAAGGGCAUUUUGUGUGAGAGGUGCUGCUGCAGGGAGCACCGUGGAAAAUGGGGCACUGGGGAGGAGCACAUCACAUCCAAGUGUCACUCAGCCAACCCUCAGGCAUCAACCUGAGAUUUGUGCUCCAGAUCCAGACUAUUUAUUUUAACCAAUUAAGAUACACAAUGCAGUCAAAUACAGGUUAACAUAAAGAUCUUGUAAGAGUAAAAAUUAAGCUUGUUACAUUCUCAGCUCUCCUUCUGAGACUCCACAUGGCUGUGCAUUUGUGAAAAUAAUUAUUAUGCUUCUCACUCAUUUGAACUCUUCCAGUUAGUAGGCUUUUUGCUGUGGUUUGGUUGUUUUUGUAAGAAGAGGCAUCUCAACACUUGUAGGGCUCUGUUGUGACUGGAUUAGAUCCUAAUUCUUGUUCAGGUCAACUCUGGACAACUUUGAGCAUGCCCAAAUUCCACAUUGUAGCUUUUCUGUGUGGAAGCUCAAGUUCUUUAUGAAUCCUUUUGACAUCUACUGCUUAAAAGCACUUGUCUAACUUAUGUUUGUCUUCAUGUUUAGAAGAUGGUAUUAUUAUCACAUACUUUACUGAGGAUCAAUCUGACAUUUAUAAGGAGAUUCUUGAAAAUGUAAAAAUAGUCACAGGGUAAAUGUGGUGCAGACUGUGGGAGUAUUUGAUAUUGAUUCAAAUUUGACUAUCCAAGUUAAAUAUCCUGCACCACCUGCAUCAUGUACCAUUGCUCAAUUUAUGUCAUUUCU